ACACCCUCGUUGGACCUACGCAACUGGCGGCCCACACAGGCUAGAGCAACGAAGUCCAACAGAUAGGAAGGUCCCUCUCCGGCCACAACUCACAAGUCCCCACAGCACUCUCCCCGACCUUGCCGUCCAGUCGUCCACCCCACCGCCGCAGCCUCGCCCCGAGGAGACAGGAGAACAGCAGGAUGCCGGCGACGCCGACGAUCAUCGGCGCCCUCCUGGGACUGGGCACUCAGAUGUACUCCAACGCCCUCCGCAAGCUUCCCUACAUGCGCCAUCCUUGGGAGCAUGUGUUGGGGAUGGGUCUCGGUGCAGUAUUUGUGAACCAGCUGGUAAAAUUUGACGAGAAGCUCAAGGAGGACCUCGACAAGAUGCUUGAGCGCGCCAGGCUAGCCAACGAGCAACGCUACAUUGGUACAGUGCUAACUUGCUUAUGGCAUCUUAACAACAGCAAAGACUUUGCCCAAGUUAGAAGUCUACAUCGGAUAUAUCCAAACAAUCUCAAUUGGUGUUGGACAAACUUUUUUUCAAUUGGUGCUACCUGUACUCAUGUAUAUCAUCGUUUGAAGCCACAAAUUAAGGGUUUAUACACGUCGAUAGCUGUUCUCUAUUCAUUUCUGUUCAGAGUUAGAUCUUUAGUAUAUUCCAUCUUUUCUAGUCUCCUCUUUCCAUAUUAACUUCGGUCUUCUCCUAUCUCUCUUCCUAUUACUAUCAUGUAUUAGUAUCCCACUAUAUAUUGGUGUCUCUGGAGGUCUACAUCGGAUAUAUUCAAACAAUCUCAAUUGAUGUUGUACAAUCUUUUUUUUUCAAUUUGGUGCUACCUGUACCCAUGUAUAUCAUCAUUUCGGACUCGAUCCCUUCUUA